AACCUACUUUAUCUCUCCAAUUUUAGUACAACCUAUCCAUUGAUUGAUUUCCCGUGAAUUAUUAGAUCAAAUACUAUUAUUAUCAAGAAUAAUCAAAUCAAUGCGGCCCUCUCGCGGAGUGUAUUGCGUCAUGGGCCCUGCCUUGCGCCCAACGUCUACCCUGCGAUCCAGUCACAACUUCUUUCUCUCACAUCGCAACUACUCUUUACUCCAGCGAAAUACAUUCACCAGAAACCACAUCUACAGAACCAGUCUCUUCCAAAUAAACACAACACGAACCAUGUCCUCCGACGACGCCUACCUCUCCUUCCUCGAAAAAGCCAACACCGACCACUCCGCAGGCCAACAGUCCCAGGCACAGACACAAAGAACACAAACGCAGACCGUCCACGCUAACGCAGAAACCCCUGCGAGCUUGCAAUCAAUCGACACAUUCUACAUUUCCGAAACAGAUGAGCCGUUUGAGCCUGUUGUGUUGGGAUUUGAGGGGGCGGGGAGAGAGGAGUGGCCUGGGUCUUCGCAAUUAUCGUCCCUAAUCGCUCCCGAUACUACCACCGACCUUUCGAAUAACAUCACAACGCUAUCAGCCUCAUCCUUCGAUCCACGGAAUCAAUACCCCGGUGUGUUCAAGGCGGUUCGCGCGGCGGCUUCCGGGCAAGACGAAAAUGUAGAAGUGAAGGUGUACCGGGUGGAUGUUGGGUCGUCGCGAGUGGAUUAUUUUGUGUUGGGGUUGGAUACUGAGAAGGGGAGGGUUGUUGGGUUUAGGGCGAGGGCUGUUGAGACUUAGCUUGAUAUAUUACGGUUUAUGAUGGUUAUGUGCAUAUGGUAUCUUGCUUUUGGAGUUAUGAGGGUAUACAUGCAAUGGUAUGACUUGCAGAUCCAGGUGUAGUUUGAGACGGAUAUAUAUAGUACCAGGUUGGAGUGCUGUCUAUGUGUUCGGAUGAUUUAUGAGGACUCAUGUCCAAGACUUAUACUACACUAAAUACGAAGUACAGAGCACCCAAUGUACAUCACAGUUCAAAAAGCAAUCGCAUGUAUGGAAU